UCUUCUCGUCGAAAUCAAGUUACGAACAACUGGCCUUUUAUCAAUCGUUGUUCCUGUGAAGAAUUUUACGGAGAAAGAAAUCUAUCAAGCUAGAAUAUCUCAGUUUAUUUGUGAGAUUUCGAGCAAAGCAUGCGCACAAUCAGACAUCAUGCGAGAGAUAGGCUGGAAUUUGUAUAUACAAAAGGUCGAUCUGUACCAAAUUCCGUGUGCUCGAUGUGUUUCCAAUUUUGUCUUUCAUCGGAUGAUUAACCCAUCGCGAGGAAAAGAAAAUUCUGACCCAUAUACAGUAUCUCAGUAUUUAAGAAUUACAUUUCAUCCCUCGGGAAUUUUCGAUGACCAGGAGGAAUUCCGAGAUCUCGGAAAUCUGAAGCUCUGGGAGGCUGACUUCCUUAAAGCGAAUGAAGAAAGUCCCGUCAGGCUACUUGAAUAUCAG